AUGCGGGAAGACAUGGCGCUGAAGAUUCAGCUGCCCGAGAGUCGAGUUCAGGUGUGGUUCAAAAAUCGCCGAGCAAAAGCUCGCCAGCAGAAGAAGUCCCAACAGAACAGUUCUGGUGGUAGCAGCGGCUCCUCGUCGACCGAGGGCACACAAACUCGACCACUGAUGCCGAAUGUAAAUAGCCCAUGUCCGGACGAGAAGGCAACUCCGGCCAGCUAUCUGAGCAGCAGUGCUUCACCAAACAACUACGCGGCCGCAUCGUUCCGACCACAAGCGCAGUACACAUAUGCAAACUACCAAAGUCCGAUGGACUACUUUCAAUACACUCAACCGUCAGCUGGAACCACCACAAAUCCAUAUGGAAUGGAAACAUGGAAAUUUCAACCAAUGGGUUAA